AUACCUUUAUCUAGAUUCACACGUAACAUUACCAAGUUACGUGACCAGAAGGUCGUUGACCUUUGUAAAUCCAAAAUGGCGUCUGACGUCGAGAAAAUGAAACCUUCGCGAUACAUCGAUGGGGAAUAUUGGGAACUGAAGGACAGUCUCAGGAGGGAAAUUGAGCACAAUGACUUGUUUACACAAAGGUUUGACCUCCCAAUGGACGAGUUACGUGAAAUCACACUCAAGAGAGCCAAGUUCCUCCUGUCUUUGCCACAAUGUAGGCAACAGUUUGCCGACCAGCUGGCCAAUAAGAAAGGCUUCAUCAGCAGCAGCCUGGCUAUAGGAGAAGUCUUCUCCUGUGUGGACAUGUCUGUUGGAGUCAAGAUGGGAGUGAUGGCCUGGCUGUUUGGAGGGGCAGUCAUGAACCUGGGCUCACAACAACAUGUGGUCAAGUGGUUCCAACCACUCAAGGAUUUAGAAUUCACAGGGAUGUUUGCCAUGUCAGAGAAGGGCCAUGGGAGCAAUGUGAGGAACAUCCUGACAGAGGCGCACUAUGACAGUAAAACUCAGGAGUUCAUCAUUACAACCCCAUGUGAAGAUGCCCAGAAGUUCUACAUUGGGAAUGCCCUCCAGGGGAACUAUGCUGCUGUGUUUGCUCAGUUGAUCAUUGGACAGGAGUCCAAGGGUCCCCACUGUUUCAUAGUACCCAUCAGAGAUGCAGAGGGAAACCUGUACCCAGGAGUCAGUGUUACAGACAUGGGUCUGAAGGAAGGACUGAAUGGAGUAGACAAUGGCAUCCUGCACUUCACUGGAGCAAGGACACCAAGAGAGAAUCUUCUCAACAGGUUUGCUGAUGUGAGUGCAGAAGGAGUGUACACCACUUCUAUCCCCAGCCACAACGCCAGGUUCAAUGCCAUGUUAGCAGCACUGGUGGCAACACGGCUGGCACUCUCCAACCAAGCCACGGCUAGUAUGAAGGUUGCCUUGGAAAUAGCCAUCAGAUAUGCUUUCAAACGUGUCCAGUUUGGUCCGGGAGAUGGCCCAGAGGUUCCCAUCAUGCAUUACCAGACUCACCAGCUGCGACUCAUGCCAAACCUGGCCACCUGUCUGGCUGUCACGUUUGCCAACAGGUAUGCAGCGGACAUGCUUGAUGAUGAUUUCUUCUACAAGCGAGACUUGGUAGAUGACAGGGCCAUCCAGGCCCUCGCCUCUGGUCUCAAGGCUUACGCCACCUGGGAGAAUCUGCAGUGUUUACAGACCUGCCGGGAAUGCUGUGGAGGAAUGGGUUACAUGACUGAGAAUCGGCUUGCAGGUUUGAAGCAGGACUGUGAUGUGUUUGUGACAUUUGAAGGUGACAACACUGUUCUGUACCAGCAAGUGGUGAAGGAACUGCUGGCAGUGUUUGGACAGAAGCUGGGAGAUAAUCGUGUACUGCAGACCUUGUCAGUUCUACAACAGGAGACAGCUGAGUACAUUAAAACAAGCAUGUUUGCAGUAGGCACAGAGUCAGUGACGAGUGCCAUGGGGAUGAUGAAGGCCCUGUCCUUUAGAGAAGGGAGGAUGCUGAGGAAGCUGGCUGGGAGGAUGCUAAAGAAGGUUGGAGAUGGAGAAGAGGCAUUCCAAGCCUGGAACUCCUGUCUUGACCACACACAGGCGCUGGCCAAAUGUCACAUACAGCGAGUCUGCCUGGAACAGUUUGUGGCUGCUGUGGACAGAUGCCCCUAUCAACAGGAGAAGGACAUCCUAAACAAGUUCUGCCUGUUGUAUGGGACUCAUGCCCUGUACACAGACCGUGCCUGGUACCUGGAGCAUGGGUACUACACACCUGCCAACACUAAGGAACUCAGACAACAGCUCCUGUCCCUGUGUGCAGAGACCUGUAACCAUGCUGUCUACAUAGUGGAAGCAUUCCAUACUCCAAGGAUCUCUGUCCAUGCACCGAUAGCUGGGGUGCCCAGUACCAAGGCUCCGUGGGCAUACUACCCUGAACCUGGUGCUGAGAAUCCACUUGUUGGGAUAGACGUGGAUGCCAUCAGGAGGACCACACCUCUACAGUCCAAGCUCUGAUUGGUUGGAAGUUGUCUUCUCUAAAUAAAAAGUUCAGUGACGGUAAUUCCUACAACUCUCGAGUCAAGGCCAACUAAUAUCAGCUUAAAAAUAUCCAUUUAACCUACAGAUUUUGAUGGCUAACAUUUCUAGAUUAGACUUCUCAUAAUGUGGAGAUGUUGACUGUGCAAUAUGGUGAAAAUGUGUCAUUAAUGUGCAAUGUAUUCCAGUAAAAUAGUAUGUUAUGGUAAUUGACAUAAUUAUCCUCAGGGAAUUUAUUUUGCCUUUCCAGCCUGGAAUGAUAAUAUGAAGCAUUUUUCUUGCCUUACGUUGUACUAGUGGGAUAGAUUCUGUGCCAAGACUAAUCUCGUUCAGUGUGAUAUGUUGUCAAUAUCAGAUUGUUAUUCUUUGAUGACAUGUAAUAUUUUGUAGUAUGACAUUAUAAGAGAAUACAGGAAUUUAAUUACUCGUUGAUUUACUUAGGCCACAGCAAAUUUUAUGGAUGACAUCCUCUGCAGACUGCAAAAAUAGUGCGAUAGGGCGUAAAAAAAACAAGAUGGGUGAAAAAAAAACAAGAUGGCUACAUUUUCAAAAAUAGGCACCAUGAA